AUGGGCAUCACCGUGUUCGUUGUGGGAGUUGGCUCGGAAAGCGACAUUGAUCAAGCUACUCUAGAGAACAUUGCUGGUGACCCUAACAGGGUGUUCAGGCUGACGGAUUAUGACAGCCUUGUGAAUGCAAUUCAACCCAGAUCUAUAAGAGAGAACAUUUGUAACGCCAGUAACCUGUGCGAUCCAUUUCCGUGUCAUACCAACGCCACCUGCCAAGUGUUGGGGAGGACCUACUCGUGCACGUGUAACGUGGGAUUCGUCGGGAACGGUCUCACCUGCACAGUUGUACAAUGCCCUGCCCUGACGGCACCAGUGAACGGUGCGCUGACACCUACAAACAGACGUCAGUACCAGGAUCAGGUCACCUUCACCUGUAACACGGGGUACGUCCGAAACGGAGCUUCUAGUGCGACGUGCCAAGCUGACGGCCAAUGGAGUAGCCCUGUCCCCACUUGCACACCGGUUCAAUGUCCUGUAUUGACGGCCCCAGCGUUUGGAUCGCUAAGUCCCGCCGGAGCAACCUCCUACCCCACCCUGGUAGCAUUCAACUGUAACACGGGAUACAUCCGAAAUGGAGCUACAAGUGCGACGUGCCAAGCUGACGGAACUUGGAGCAACCCUGUCCAUACUUGCACACCUGUCCAAUGCCCGGUGCUGUCGGCCCCAGCUAACGGAGCGCGGAACCCAUCUACCGGUUCAAACUCCUACCCGAACACGAUAUCGUUCACCUGUAACUCUGGAUACGUCCUGAACGGCAGCCCUAAUACGGUGUGCCAAGCUGACGGAUCAUGGAGCAACCCUGUACCAACAUGUCCACGUAGACCAUGCCCGGUAUUGACGGCCCCAACUAACGGAGCGCGGACACCCCCAACCGGAUCGAACCUCUACCAGGACCAGAUAUCUUUUACCUGUAACACGGGAUACCAACUGAGCGGAGUCUCCCUUUUGACAUGCCAAGCUACCGGAACAUGGAGCAAUGCUGUUCCGACAUGCACACCCAGGCAAUGUCCGGUGUUGGCGGCCCCCACCAACGGGGCGCGGACACCCUCAACCGGUUCGAACUUCUACACAAACACGAUCACGUUCACAUGUAGACCAUGCCCGGAUUUGACGGCCCCGACUAACGGAGCACGGACACCCGCUACCGGAUCGAACCUCUACCAGGACCAGAUAUCGUUCACCUGUAACACGGGAUACCAACUGAGCGGAGUCUCCCCUUUGACAUGCCAAGCUACUGGAACAUGGAGUAAUGCUGUUCCUACCUGCACACCCAGACAAUGUCCGGCGUUGACGGCCCCAACUAACGGAGUGCGGACACCCUUAACCGGUUCAAACUUCUACACGAACACGAUCACGUUCACCUGUAACUCGGGAUACCAACUGAACGGAGUCUCUUCUGUGACGUGUCAAGUUGAUGGAACAUGGAGCAACCCUGUCCCAACAUGCACACCCAGAACAUGUGUGACGUUGACGGCCCCAGCUAACGGAGCGCUGAGUCCUCCCGGACCUCACACCUACCCGAGCACGGUCAAUGUAAACUCUGUCCAAUGUCCGGCUCAGACGGCACCAGCCAACGGAGCGAUAAGUCCAGCUGCUGGACCGUACAGCUACCAGAACGUGGUCAGCUACACCUGCAACACGGGAUACGAACGGAAUGGUGCAGCCUCUGCGACGUGUCAAGCUGACGGAACAUGGAGUAAUCCUGUUCAUACAUGCACACGCAGACAAUGUACGGGAUUGACGGCCCCAGCUAACGGAGUUCGGACACCAUCAACCGGAUCAAACUUCUACCAGAACACGAUCACGUUCACCUGUGACUCGGGAUACCAACUGAACGGAGUCUCUCUUUUGACAUGCCAAGCUGACGGAACAUGGAGUAACCCUGUUCCAACAUGCACAAUCGGACAAUGCCCUGCGUUGUUGGCGCCAGCUAACGGAGUGAGGACGCCCCCUACCGGAGCGACCGCCUUCCAGCAGACUGUAUCGUUCACCUGUAACUCGGGAUACGUCCUGAACGGUGCGACUACUGUGACGUGCCAAGCUGGGGGAACAUGGAGCGCUCCUGUUCCAACAUGCACGCCAAGACCAUGCCCGGGAUUCACUGCCCCAACUAACGGGGCGGUGAGUAUUCUCGGACCGUACGCCUACCCGACCCAGGUCACGUUCACCUGUAACACUGGAUACGUACUGAACGGCGAUCCUAGCACGACGUGCCGAGCUGACGGAACAUGGAGCAAUGCUGUUCCAACAUGCACACGUGUACAGUGCCCGGCGUUGACGGCCCCAACUAACGGUCGUCUGAGUCCUACGGGAGCGAACUCCUACCCGGCCGAGGUGACGUUUACCUGUGACCAAGGGUACAGGCUAGUCGGAGCGGAAGUACUGGCUUGCCAAGCUAAUGGAAUGUGGAAUGAUUCGGUUCCAACCUGCCGAUUUACGAUCCCACCUCCACUACCCAGCACAUGUCCUUAUGCUGUAGACCUGGUCUUCCUCGUGGACAGCUCGGAGAGUUUCGGGGCAAACGGUUUCGAGGAUGCAAAGACAUUUGUCCAGAAUGUAGCAAACUAUUUUACACUCGGACAAAGCGACACAAGGGUCGGCGUCGUCACGUACAGCAACGAAACCGCACAGGACACUCGAAUUAGGCUCAAUGAAAAUUACACUAGGAUUGAUGCCUUAACUGCGAUCCGUAACAUUCCGUAUGAAAGCGGUGAUACCUUUACUGGGCGUGGUCUAGACCACGUGCGUAACAAUUCCUUUCUCGAAGUGAAUGGCCGACGGAACACUACCUUCGACAUGUUGGUCGUAUUGACUGACGGUAACUCGGGAGAUGACGUCAGCGCUCCAGCGCAGUCAUUACGUCAGUUGGGCGUUACCAUAUUCGCAGUGGGGGUGGGCAUGGAGGCGGACAUCAGUCAAGCUACUCUGCAGGCCAUUGCGGGUGAUCCGAACAGGGUGUUCAGGCUAACAAGCCGCAACCUCCUUCCAGAUGAUGGCCGCGCCGCAGCUAUAAGACAGUCGGUUUGUAACGCUAUACGAUGCCCUGCCCUGACGUCACCGAGUAACGGCAUCCUGAAUCCUGCUGGACAGACCUCCCCUGGGAACGUGGUUACCGUCACCUGUAACCAGGGGUACAACCCUACCGGCCAGACCAGCCUUACCUGUCUUCUCAAUGGGGACUGGAGUGCAAAUGUACCGACAUGCAACCGUGUGCAAUGUCCGCCGCUGACGGCCCCAACUAACGGAGGUCUGACUCCUGCCGGAAUGAACUCCUACCAGGACGCGGUUACCUUCAGUUGUAACACGGGGUACGGGCUAAACGGGGCAGCUACCCUGAGGUGCCAAGCUGACGGACAGUGGAGCGAUCCUACUCCAACAUGCCAACCCGGACAGUGUCCGACGUUGACGGCCCCAACAAACGGAAUGCUGUCUCCUCCGGGAAUGACGUCAUACCAGGACACGGUCACGUUCACCUGUAACACGGGGUACGUGCUGAACGGAGCCUCCACGACGACAUGCCAGGUUGAUUUAACAUGGAGUAAUGCUGUUCCAUCAUGCCAACGCGUACAGUGCCCACAAUUGGGGGCUCUGACAAACGGAGUAUUGCGACCAUCGGGCGCCACAUCAUACCAGGACGUGGUGGAGUUCAUUUGUAACCUGGGGUACGAACUUGAGGGUCCUCCUAGCACUACCUGCCAGGCAGACCGCACGUGGAGCAAUCCUGUCCGAACAUGUUCAGCUGUACAAUGUCCAUCGAUGUCGGCUCCAUCUAACGGAGCGGUGUCUUCCACUGGACCGAACUUUUACCAGGACCAGGUCACCUUCAGCUGUGAUCCGGGCUACGGACUGGACGGCACCGCAAGAUUGACUUGUCGAGCUGACGGAACGUGGAGCAACCCUUCUCCAACCUGUAGACUUGGACAAUGUCCGAGCCUGGCGGCCCCUGCCAAUGGACAACGGAAUAAUAUCGGAGUGAACUCCUUCCAAACCACCGUCACCUUCACCUGCAACUCAGGCUACCAACUAGUCGGCGCCUCCAGUGCAACGUGCCAGGCUGAUCUAACAUGGAGUGAUAACGUUCCAACAUGUCAACCUGUAACGUGCCCGGCUCGGACGGCUCCAACGAACGGAGCAGUGAAUCCACCCGGCGAUGCAUCGUACCAAGACGACGUCCAGUUUACUUGCAGCCAGGGCUACCAGCUGAACGGUGCCUCUAGUGAUACCUGCCAAGCUGACGGAACAUGGAAUGCAUCUGUUCCGACUUGCACAGUUGUACAAUGUCCGGUAUUGACUCCUCCAACAAACGGAGCGCUAACUCCUACGGGGACUACCUCCUACAACACCGUGGUCACGUUUAGCUGUAACACUGGAUACGUACGGAACGGCGCUGAAACCACGACGUGCCAAGCUGACGGAACAUGGAGUAACGCUGUUCCAACAUGCACACCUGUAACAUGUCCGACGCUGACUGCCCCAGUAAACGGUGUAUGGAAUCCUACCGGAGCAAACUCUUACACGAACACGGUUACGAUCAACUGUAACGUGGGAUACGUACCAGAUGGGGUCUCUAGCAUCACGUGUCAGGCAGAUCGCUCGUGGAGUGCCGCAUUACCGACAUGCAGACCCGUUCAGUGCCCACCAUUGACAGCCCCUGUAAAUGGCGCAUUGAGUCAGACUGGAGCAACCUCAUUCUCGGACGUGGUGCAGUUCCUCUGCAACACAGGUUACGAAUUAGACGGUGCCACCAGUGCUACUUGCCAGGCUGACCAAAGAUGGAGUGAAACUACUCCGACUUGCAGAGUUGUGCAGUGUCCGGUAUUGUCAGACCCAGCGAACGGAGCUGUGAGUCCUGCCGGAGCGAACUCUUACAACAAUGUGGUCAACUUCAACUGUGACACCGGAUACCGACUGAGCGGAGUCUCCACUCUGACGUGUCGAGCCGACGGAUCAUGGAAUAAUGCGAUUCCAACAUGUACAGUUGUAACAUGCCCGACGUUGACGACCCCAAACAACGGAGCGCUGAAUCCGACCGGUGCGAACUCCUACCCGGUCGUGGUGUCGGUCACCUGUAACACGGGAUACGAGAGAAACGGAGCCUCAAGUGUGACGUGCCAAGCUGAUGGAGCAUGGAGUGCUGCAGUUGCCACAUGCACACCUGUCCAAUGUCCGGCAUUGGUGGCUCCAACGAACGGAGCAGUGGAUCCACCCGGCCGCACUUCAUAUCAGGACAUAGUGGGGUUUACUUGUAACACGGGCUACCAGCUGAACGGGGCCUCCAGUACUACCUGCCAAUCUGACCAAACCUGGAGUGCACCUGUUCCGACAUGUACAGUCGUGCAGUGUCCAUUGUUAUCGGCCCCAGUGAACGGAGCGCUUACUCCUGCCGGGUUGACAUCGUACCAAGACCGGGUGACGUUCAGCUGCAUCCCGGGAUACGUACUGAGCGCCGCCGCCGUUGUGACGUGCCAAGCUAACGGGGCAUGGAGCCACGUCCCAACAUGUAGCCCCGUACAAUGUCCUAUACUGAGAGCUCCAAACAACGGAUCUCUGAGUACCGGAGCGACCAUCUACCAGACGGUGGUCACGUACACCUGUGACCUGGGAUACGAAAGGGUCGGCGCCGCCAGUGCUACCUGCCAGUCCGACCGCACUUGGAGCGAUCCCGUUGCUACAUGCAUACCUGUACGGUGUCCGCAACUGACAAGUCUGGCAAAUGGGGUGAUCAAUCCUCCCAACCGCAAUACGUACCAGGACGUGGUGACGUUUACUUGUAACCAGGGUUUCGAGCUGAACGGAGGAAACGCUGCCACCUGCAGAGCUGACCGUACAUGGAGCGAGGCUAUCCCAAGUUGUACAGAUAUCAAUGAAUGCACAAGGAAUAGGUGUCAUAGUCUGGCUACAUGCACAAACACUAUCGGCUCGUUCCAGUGUACCUGUUUCAGUGGAUAUGCUGGAGAUGGAUUCAGCUGCGCAGAUAUCAACGAGUGUGCUGCCGUACCAGGGCCAUGCCACCAGUUUGCUGAUUGCACCAAUCUACCAGGGUCAUUUACGUGUAACUGCACGGAGGGCUACAUCGGAAAUGGAUUCACUUGUGCAGCACUUCCAUGCGAUCGUCUGGACCUGCAAGGCUGGGACAUCGUCUUCCUCCUGGACAGCGCUGAUCUCGGCAACGAAAGGCAGACAUUCGAAGAGGUCAAGGGCUUCACCAGGCAGACCAUCGACGAGCUGAUAGACAGCGACGGUGUCACCCGCAUAGGGCUGGUGCAGUACGAUGACACCCAGAACACGACUUUUAAUCUGAACCAGCACCAGACCAAGGCUGCUAUCCUCAAUGCUGUGGACAGCAUCGAAUAUCUCGGUGGAGGCACCUACACGGGAAGAGCAAUCCACUAUGCUCGACAGAUCUCCUUUUCAACUGAAAUUGAUAAUGGAAACCGUGAAAACCGCCCCGAUGCGAUGAUAGUCGUCACAGAUGGAGUGUCCAUUGACCCCAUCACGUACGCCUCCACUGCUUCCAGACACCAGGGCAUUACGGUAUUUGCCGUCGGCAUAGGGGAUAGAAUAGACAGGGCCACGCUUCAACAAAUUGCCGAAAAUGAUGGAAAGGUUUUCCAAGUUACGGAUCAAGCAUCUCGCACCCAGGCCAUCAGAUCGUUGAAGGGGUGGUUUUGCAGAGGUGUUUACUGUGGAGAUCCCCCUGCACCAGCAUCUGGUACCCGGCAAGGCACGUUAUACGAGGGUGGGCGGGUGGAUUACAGCUGUUCUGACGGCCACACACUGGUCGGUACAACCUCCAUCACAUGCCAGAGAACCGGCACGACCGGAACCUGGAGCAAUACCAAUACUCCCAUUUGCAUAGUUGGUGAUCCAUGUAGCCCUAACCUGUGUGAAAAUGGAGGACAAUGUUUUCCUACGGUUACUUCCUUCCGCUGCCGAUGUGCCAGUGGAUACUUGGGCAAUACAUGUGGCAGACAGCUGCAAUGCCCGGCAUUGCCCAACCCAAUCAACGGCGCGCUGAGUCCAACCGGUGUAACCUCCAACCAGACGGUGGUCACCUUCUCCUGUAACACGGGAUACGUACUGACCGGCGCUGCUACCACGACGUGCCAAGCUGACGAGAGAUGGAGCAACCCUGUUCCAACAUGCACACCCAGAGAGUGUCCGCCAUUGACGGCCCCAGCUAACGGAGCGCGGACACCCACAACCAGAUCGAACUUCUACACGAACACGAUCACGUUCAGCUGUAACUCAGGAUACGUACUGAGCGGAGUCUCCCCUUUGACCUGCCGAGCUGACGGAACAUGGAGCAACACUAUCCCAACAUGCGGACGAAGACAAUGCCCCGUGUUGACGGCCACCGCUAACGGAGUGCGGACACCCGCUUCCGGAUCGAACUUCUACACGGACAUGAUCACGUUCACGUGUGACACCGGAUACCAACUGAACGGAGUCUCUACUUUGACAUGUCAAGCUGACGGAACAUGGAGUGAUAAUGCCCCAACAUGCACAAGUUCCGGUACAGGUUCAGGCACACAAUGCCCGGCGUUGACGGCCCCAACUAACGGAGCGCUGAAUCCAUCUGCCGGACCGUACACCUCCCAGCAGGAGGUCACAUUCACCUGUAACACGGGAUACCAACUCAGCGGUACUUCUACCAGUAGGUGCCGAGCUGACGGAACAUGGAGUAGUGCUGUCCCAACAUGCACAAGCACAAGUUCAGGCAUAGAAUGCCCGGCGUUGACGGCUCCAACUAACGGAGUGCUGAACCCAUCUGCCGGACCGUACUUCUUUCAGCAGGUGGUCACGUUUACCUGUAACUCGGGAUACCAAAUCAGCACCACUACUAUCAGAAGGUGCCAAGCUGACGGAACAUGGAGUGAACCUGUUCCUACAUGCACCGCCACAGGCACAAGCGGAACUGGUGGACUUUCAGAAGGAGAUAUCGCCGCCAUAGCUGGAGGGUCUGCGCUGGCUGGCGUUGUACUUCUGGCCCUUCUUGCCGCUUUAUUCUGCAGUGCCGGGGCAGCAGCAGGUAACAAGAACAAGGACAGACCAUGAUGGACAUCAUCGGAAAACCCAGCGACGAAAUGGACGUCGCUACUGCUGAUGAUUCAAAUAAGUGAUUAAGGAUGACAUAAGAAUUAGAUAACAAUUAGUGGCCGGUGAUCGAAAUUUUGUUGUUGUUUUGUUUUAAAUUUCAACUCUGGGGUCGUAUUUUGUGAUUUUAAGUAGGCAAGAUAGGGGUGCUGAUAGUGGUUUAAAUCAAGGAUAGUCUGAGUUAUCUUUAUAUGUAUGUGCUAGUAUAGUGUACCGGGAUACUUUACAAUCCUUGUGUUUUAUAUAGUGUUUUGCUGUUCUGCCUCGCUAAGUAUAUGCUACGGUCGUAUUUCAAAACCGAUACCCGAACGGUAUGGUUGCCGAAACGAAAAAGUGUUUAUCAAGACGUAUGCAAAAUUUGAUGAAGAAAAA